AUGGGUUACUGGCAGGGCGCCCUCGUCAAGAUGGGGUUAGCCCAGCCAGGACCCAAAAUCUCUUCACAUGAUCGUGCCGUCCUCGACCUCAAACUACAGAGGGACAAGAUGAAACAAUAUCAAAAACGACUUCAGGUCAUAUUGGACAGAGAACAGGAUAUCGCCAAGGAAGCGUUGAAAGUGGGUAACAAGAAGAGCAGAGCUUUGACAGCUUUGAGACAGAGGAAAUAUCAAGAACAAUUGUUAUCCAGGACAGAUGCUCAGUUGCAGACUUUGCAAGAACUCGUCAGCACCAUCGAGUUCACACAGAUCCAAUCGACCGUCAUGCAUGGCUUGUCUGUUGGAAACGAAGUGUUAAAACAAUUACAUGCGGAGAUGUCUUUGGAUAAGGUGGAGAGACUUAUGGAUCAGACCAGGGAGGGAAUUGAGUAUCAGAGGGAAAUCGACGAAACUCUCAUUUCCAAAAUGUCACCAGAAGAAGAAGAGGCCGUUCAAGCGGAAUUACUACAACUACAACGUGAUGCUCUGCCGAGUGUACCGAUCGAAGAAAGAGAAGAGAGGGUGGAAUUGCCUUCGGUACCGGGGGAAGAACCAGCAGAAGUGCCAGAGGAAGUCAAAGCGGCAGGUGAGUAUCCUAUCUUAAUAAGACUGAAACGGGGUGACUGA